AUGCCGAGCUGGGCGUGCGGCGGCGCGCUCCCUGUCGGCGCGGCGGAUCCGGCCGCGCGCCUCUGGCGGAUCUGGCCGCGCGGCGGUGGCGGAGGCGGAGUCGGCGGCCUAGCGGCGCCGCGCUCCCGGGGUCGGAUCGCGCGGAUCCGGCGGCGCCGCGCGAUGCGCCUGGGGCUCCGCCUGCGCGACGGCGGACGGCGACGUGGCGAGGGGAGAGGAGGAGACGGCGGGCGGCUGAGCUGCCGCAUCCAGCAUCCCCCACGGCCGGAUUCCCCUGAUCCAUUCCCCUACCCAAACGUGUUCACCGCUCCCGACGAAGAGCACAACGAGCCAUCACAUGCAGCCCGUGUCCCGCCUGGCCCCCGCGCGGCCGCCACGGCCGCGUGCGCCGCGCGUGGCAGUGGCCCGGGGCACGGCGAGCCACGGCUGCGCCCGCCCCUCGCGCGUGGCUCCGGCGGCGCAACCGCGCCUCGGCUCCUGGGGCUGCGCGCCCGUGCGACGUCGUGCGGGGGCGGGGCGGCGGAGCCCGUCGAGGCGCGGGAGGACGCGGAGCCGGCGGUCGGCCAGGCGGAGGAGCCCGGGCUGGCGCCGGAGGAGCUGGAGGUGCUGGAAGAGGCGGCCAUCGCGGGGGAGGACGAGGGGCGGCGGCCCACGGACUACGACCGCCGCGCGCACAUCUUCGAGGAGAGCUCGCGGGUGUUCCGGGAACUCAAGCACCGACGCGAACGCGACGGCGACGUCGACGGCGGAAUUAGCGGGCACGGCGGCGUCACUGCUGGCACCACGGCGGCCGAAGCAGGAACGCGCGAGCAACAGCAGCAGCUUGGGUGAAGCACUGUGCUGGGCGAGCUUGUAUUGUACGGUCGAGCAUGUACGCUAUGCAUACCCGUUCAGACGGCGUAUACUUACGCGAACAACCUGUUGUAUUCCAAUAUAUUGUUACAAAGUGAAAGCAUCCCUCCCUCUUAAAAAGAAUACAAUUCAAUUCUCAAUUCUCGAAAA